UAUAUACUAAAUGUGUUUCCAAAAUUUGCCAUAAAGUGAGGGCACUACGAUCGCUUUCUAUACAUUUGAAAAUAAUGGUUGACCGGCUACGUAUUAUACAUGACAAAGCGAUAGCAGCGCUAUAUGCUAUAUGAUAAUUCUGAUGGAUACGUCUUUCGUUAAACAGUCAGUGAUUGAACGGAGGACGUGUACUGUGUUGUAGUGUCAUUAGUGAUAACGGUAUAGUCGUAAUAAAACGAAGUAUUUGAAAUAAUGGGGCGAACUGUAUAUGCCGAAGAACGUCUUCAUACUUACCUAAUAUCUUUAGCAAAACCAGAUGAAUAUACAAUAGGAUUAAUUUUGGGACAGAGUGCUGGACAAAAAGAUUAUAUCGUUCAUCUAGCAAAAACACCACCUCCGCUUGGUAAAAAUGUAGUUGAAGAAACAUUGAUUAGUUCUACAACUAAUACUCAACAAGAUUCUACUGAAAGUUAUAUUAAAUCAGUGAAAGAUAUACCAGAAAAUUGGGUUGCAGAUCAUGCAAAACAUGUUACAAGAAUGUUACCUGGUGGAAUGCAAGUUCUUGGUACAUUUAUUGUUGGUCCAGAAGAUGCCUUGAAUAAUAACACUAAUAUACAGAAGUUUAGAUCUAUUCUUGCAGCAAUUCAGAAAAAUUUAUCAUAUAAUAAAUAUCUUUGUGGAAAUAGUAAUGAAGAGCAUCUUAUCUUAAGUUUAAAUAGCAUUACUCAAAAAUAUACUUGUAAAUCUGUGGAAACUAAUAAGACUGGGAUGUUAAAACCAACAGAAUGGAAAUUUCAAGCAAAACCAACGAAAUGGCAUCAGCUUGAAGCUCUUGUAGAUUUCGAUCGUUUAUUUCUUAUUGCUGCUGAUAAAGAUCCAGAAACCCUUAAAAAACAACUACAGGAUAUUUUAAAAAAUGUAUCAAAUGUAAUUGAAUCUUCUCUUAUUGUCAUCGAAGGAGAAAUUAGAUCAUCAGAGGAUACAUUGGAAACAAUUAAUAAGAACAAAAAUGGUGAUAAAACAUGUAAAAACAAUGAAAAAAAUGCUAAUGAUAAGCUUAUACAGGUUGAUUUAUACAUUCCAUGUCAAGAGAAAGAUAUUAACUUGGAUAUAAGGACAAAGCCAUGCAGUGCAUCAAUACGACUUAUAGGACAAUUAGUGAGUAGAACUUUUGUUCAUCAGAAAGCAAAUAUCGAAGAAGCUAACACAGCAAUAAAACAAGAUAUUAUAAGAUCCUUAGCAAGUAGAUUAGAAAUGCAUUGGGAUAGUUUAAUUGAGGAAGAAAAUGGAUCUCCAGAAGAAAAUAUAACAUUACACGAACCUCCAAGAAGAGUAUUAAUAGCAUUACCAGAAAGUAAAAUAACAUUAUCAGACUACUUGUUUCCUGGUGAAGGACCUCAAGAAGCCCUUUUAUCAUUACAAGAACUUCUUGAUUUAGAAGUUCAAGAAAGUAAUGUUCAAAAGGAUAUAGAGCUCCAAGCCGAUCCUACAGAAUUUUACUGUCAAAGCGAAAUUGAUCUGAAACCAACCGAUCUUAGUAAAGAUACAUCUGGAAGUUACAAAGCUAGAAUAUAUUUCACAGGUUUCAGUAUUGCAAUUUUAAUUGUGAUUCUUUCUAUCAUAAUACAUAAUUUUAUUAAUAUGAAGUCGGAUGUAUAAAAAGUAUGGGUUUAUGUUGAACUUCAAAGUAUAGAAUCUGAACAUGGCAAAGAUGAUAAAUAAAUGUGAUAUUAUCAUAUGCAUAUACUUAUAUACAUUAAAAUUUUGAAAAAGCACGUUGUU